CAAAUUAUGGACGCAGGCAUAGAGACUCUCUUCAGCAAGCAACCAAUAGUAAUUGACAAUGGAUCUGGCAUCAUGAAGGCAGGAUUCUCUGGCGAUGAAAGACCAAAGAUGAUCUUCAACAACUAUGUUGGCAGGACUAAAUAUAGUAAACAGAUGUUGACCACUAAUGAUCUGGAUUUGUAUAUCGGCCCAGAAUGAGAGAAGAACAAGGGUCUGUAUAAGCUGACCUAUCCCAUGACUCAUGGCAAUGUCACUAAUUGGGACGACAUGGAGAAGAUAUGGGGGUAUAUAUUCAAGGAGAUGAAGGUAUCAGCAAGUCAACACCCUGUCCUGCUCUCUGAACCUAUUGAGAAUCCAAUGGUUAAUAGAGAGAAAACAGCUGAAGCUUUCUUUGAAGGGAUGGGUACACCUGCUCUGUACUUUCAGACUCAGCCAAUUUUGUCACUGUAUGCACAGGGAAAAACAACGGGAUUCGUUCUAGACUGUGGUGAUGGAGUCACUCAGUGUGUGCCGAUUGUUGAAGGAUUUGCCAUUACUGGAGCAUAUAGCAGAAUUGAUCUUGGAGGUAGAGAUAUUACUGAAUACUUUAUGCUUCUGUUGAAAAGAGCGGGUUACAACUUUCAUACUUCUGCAGAGUUCCAAAUUGUGAGACAAAUUAAAGAAAAGAUAUGAACAGCUACUACAAGUCCUUUUAAAGAAGAUGAAUAUAAGGAUCAUCUCAAAGGCACAAAUAUUGAAUACUUUUUGCCAGAUGGAAGCAUUCUGAAUCUCAAAAAUGAGCAUAUGGAAGCUCCUGAGAUUCUUUUCACUCCUCAGAAGAUAGGACUAGAGUAUCCUGGAAUUCCAGAAAUGUUGAUCAACUGUGUCAUGAAGUGUGACAUUGAUUUGAGAAAUACCAUUUUUAGCAAUUUAAUUGUCUCAGGAGGUACAUCAGCUUUGAAAAAAUUCGCAGAAAGACUACAUAAAUCAAUCACAAAACUCUCUCCAAAAGAUGUCAAAAUCAAGCUUGUUGCUCCUAAGAAUAGGGACAUCUCAACCUGGGUUGGAGGAUCAACCUUGUCAUCUCUCAAAGCAUUCAAUGACUUGUGGGUAACGAAGGAAGAGUAUAAAGAAAAAGGUCCAAAUGUUUUCAGAGAAUAUAUGUAAUUCAGUAGCAUUAACCACUCAA